CCCCUGCUCCACACACUCCCUUUGUUGUUAGCAGAAGACACACGUAUUGCGCCCAUCUCGUGCAGGGUGACAGAAAACAAUACCCCUAAGAAGGCAGCGAAGGGGCAACCUGCUUGGGCAGGGGAGGGGCAUAGAGCCAGAGCACUGGGAGGGUCUCCUCUGCUAACAGGAGCCUUUCUCUUCGGGAUGGGAGUGAGGCGGACAGAAAUCCCAUAGUUGAAAGCCGGCAAGAGAGUGAUCGCGGCUGACAUGCCACCCUGCCAUUGUCCUGCCUGCUAACGAUCAUUGUGCCAUCAGCCAGGCUGCCUCCUAUUUGUGCUGCUCGGGGGUGUGACACAGCAAAGGCAUCAUAGCAGCAGCAGCCGCACAUCGGCGGGUACCUACAGACAGGAGGCAAAAGGGGGAUGCUCGGUGACUGGACUGGAAAGGGACUGCCUGCUUUUGCCUGUCCUUAUUGAUGCUCUUGGCCUGUCGGAUUCAGCUCUCCCUCAGCCUCUCACAGCACCAGCAGCUGCAACCCCCCGCGUCUCACCAUGGAUGGAUUGCACCCUGCCUCCUGGAUGCUGUUGCUGGGAUCCUUGGCUUUCUGGUCUGCAUCCUCCUUACUCCUCUUCUCCUUAGCUCUGCCGGGUGCACGAGCAUCUAACCAGCUGCUCAGCGAGUGCCACAAUGGCAAAGGCAAAGGGAUUAACUGCUCAGAAUUGAGCAUGAGGGAAUCUGAGGUCCGACGAGUGUGUGAUGAGUCCUCAUGUAAAUAUGGAGGAGUGUGCAAAGAAGAAGGGGAUGUUUUGAAAUGCAUCUGCCAGUUUCAGUGCCAAACCAAUUAUGCUCCAGUGUGUGGAUCGAAUGGGGACACUUACCAGAAUGAAUGCUUCCUGAGGCGCUCUGCCUGUAAACAGCAAAAAGAUAUCACAGUAGUAGCAAGAGGACCAUGUUUUUCUGAUAUUGCAUCUGGAUCUGGCGAAGGAGAAUAUGAAGGAUCUGGGGGAGAGGUUCAUAAGAAACAUUCCAAAUGUGGAGUCUGCAAGUUUGGAGCAGAGUGUGAUGAAGAUGCAGAAGAUGUAGGGUGUGUCUGUAACAUUGACUGCAGCGGACAUAAUUUUAAUCCUGUUUGUGCCACUGAUGGUAGCUCCUACUCCAACCCUUGUCUGGUACGGGAAGCAUCAUGCCUCAGGCAAGAACAGAUUGAUGUAAAGCAUCUACGGAGCUGUAUAGAAACAGAUGAAACAAGCAUAAUGGGUAAGAAAGAUGAAGGCCUACAAAACCGACCCGAGGUGAAAGAUUCCACUGAUCAGAGGGAAGGGGAUUUCAUGGGAAAUUAUAUUCCAUGCUCUGAGAACUACAAUGGCUAUUGUGUUCAUGGAAAAUGUGAGCUGAGCUAUUCAAGUCAGAAAGCAUCAUGUCGGUGUGAUUCUGGGUACACAGGCCAAUACUGUGAUAAAACAGAUUUCAAUAUACUUUAUGUGGUUCCAAGUAGGCAAAAGCUCACCCAUGUCCUCAUAGCAGCUAUCAUUGGAGCAGUGCAGAUCGCUAUUAUAGUUGCAAUUGUCAUGUGUAUUACAAGGAAGUGCCCCAAAAACAACAGAGGUCGACGGCAGAAGCAAAACCUUGGCCAUUUUUCUUCAGAUACUUCUUCCCGGAUGGUGUAGCUUAACUUUUCCCCCCUUCUGUUUAUUUGUUUUUAUACUUACAUUGACCAUGUGAUGUACAUUUUCAAUUCUAUGUUUUUUAAAGAAUGGAAAUAUUUAUUUCAGAGGCCUUAUUUUCUUUAUUAUCAUUUGUUUGCCUGCUGGGCCAACAAAGAAUCAGCAGAGACAGCAAUAGACUGGUAUAGAGUUUCAUUUUCUUUUUUGUUUUUUAAAUUCCUGUAUUGGGAGCACAGUCCUCCAUUUUGUGAGUUGCUUUUACAUAGUUGUAAUCAAAAUACAAUUCCACAUCCCAACAUUUACAAUCUUGUUGGGGUACAUUCUCUAAAUUUAACCUGCCAUAAUUAAUUAGGGCAAUUAUCAAACUGAACAUUUUUUAAUGGUACAUAAACAUGGAGAAUAUUUUGUUCCAGUGCCAAUCUCCACAAGUGUUGGAUUAUACCAUUACAUUUUGUAGACUAGUAUGUUAGCAUAGAUUAGUUUAGGAGUUUCUACAUAUUUAGUAUAAACAUCAAAACAUAACAUGGGACGGAGGGUGAAAUGAUCACACACAUUGGUGGAUAAAGUAUUAAUUACAUGUCCACAUUUGGUUGUUCCUAUGGAACACAGAGCUAAAACCCUCCCAUUAACAUUAAACAAACACCUAAAGAUAAAUGGGAAAUAAGAAAACCCUGCAAAGAUGGCACGAGCUAAAGGUAACAAUGUUUACAGUCUUUUUUUUUUCCUAACCAGACUUCGUAGGAGACACUGUGUUUAAAUAGAUAUCUCAAUGUUUUAUAGAAAUUAGUUACCACAUUUUAUUUAUAUCACUGGUUAUCGCAUGAUAUGUGAAUUGUAUUCUGUGAGUAGUGGUAAAAUGUUGAAUAUGCUAUAUAGUUUAAUCUUGAGAAUUGUGCCCUUUUGGCAUUUUAUCAAGUAAUGAUGAAUGAAGCAGAAGCAUUUUUGGUGUUAAACUAAGACCAUUUUGUAAUUUCCUUUUUUUAUUGUGUAUGUCAUGAAGUAUUUUUUAAGCAGCUGCUAAAAAAAUGCAUAUUUUAGCAAAAUUAAACUUGGCACCAUGAAAAUAAAGUUUCUGCUUCAAUUGAUCUUAUUGUUGUGUCACAUCAAACCAUUGAGCAAAGACAUUAAUUAAUGAAAAGCCCUCUUUUUAAAUAUUUGAAAGAUGUUCAAUAAUUCUGGAAAAUCUUUCCCUAGCUUUGACGGUUUAAGAACUUUUGUUACACUGAAAUAAAUGUUGCAAAUUUCCUGUAAAAUAAAACCUUGAACUCUGGAUCAGAA